AUGAUGUUUGUGAUCUUGGCGCUCCCGCCUCACAUAACGCCAUCUUCAAGUCACACGGUGGAGUCGCGGCCCUACCAGUACCUAUACAUUACCAUUAAGGUGAUAGGCCUGCUAGUCAUAGUGACCGUACUCUACAUAAGUGAGGUCUUCUUCCAGAAGAUAUUCGUCACCAGACCCUGGAAGGCACUGUUUGUGAACUCCGACGAUGAUAUUCAUCAGUGGUGGCUGCAGUGGAAGCGAGAUCGGUACUCGAUGGCGUUCGGCAUAAUGUUCGCGCUGGCGUACCUGGCGGCGCGGGCGGCGGGGGCGGCGGGCGCGCUGGACGAGCGCGCGGGCAGCGCGUGGGGCGGCGGCGCGACGGCGCUGGCGCUGCUGGGGCUGGCCGCCUACGCCGCGUUCGCGCUGCUCUGCAGCAACGCGUCGGACUGUGACGAGAUCCAGUCGUACGUGUCGUUCCUGCCCGUGCUGAGCUACGCGUGGCUGCGCAACGCGCGCGGCGCGCUGCGGGCGCGGCACUCGGCGCUGUUCGCGUGGGUGGGCCGCGUCUCGCUGGAGCUGGCGGCGGGCGGCGCGCACGCGCUGGGCGCGGCGGACCGCGCGGGCCGGCUGGUGCUGCUGCCCGGCGCGCCGACGCUGAGCGUGCUGGUGGCGGCGUACGUGUUCCUGUGCGCGGCGCACGAGCUGCGGCGGCUGACGGCGCAGGUGGCGCCGCGCGCGGUGCCCGACGACUGGCGCCGCGCGCUGCGGAACGUCGCCAUCUUCCUCGCCGUGCUCGUGCCCAUCGGCAUACACGACGGCAUGUUCUAGGCCCAAGCCGCCGAACCUAACAAUCUGCAGUACAUACUGUGUAUGUACACCACAUUUAAAAUCGGUUUGCAUUUGAAAAUGUUUUGUACCACGUGAUCGUCAGUUAGUUACAAAAUGUACAUAUUAGGUUUGUAUAUAAAAUCUAGUCUACGAACAUAAUAAGAUUGUGUGAAUGUUACAAAUGGUCGCUGUGUGUCAGAAAUAUUGUGAUUUACUCAUAAACUUGUAUAUUUUUAAGAUCAAACCUUGCAAAUUUGUUUUUAAAAAGGCUUAUUUUUGUGUAGAAAUAAUAUUAUCUUUAAUAAGAAGGAUUUUCUUAUCAAAAAUUUAUUUAUAUAGUGUAAAGGUUUUAUACAUCUAAUAUUAAUCUCGUUUUUUGGCUGUGUUUGAAUUGAUUGCAUUGUGUAAUUUAUGGCACUAUAUUUAUUUAUUUUUGUUAUUUAUCAAACUCGCCUAUUAACAUUCGUAAUAUUAACGUUUACUGUUCAAGUCAGACAUUCUGUCUCUGUCAAAAGACACUAUCACCAUCAACCUAUAAAUAUAAGUGCGCACUGCUGAGCAAAGGCCUCUUCUCACAUGGAGUUUGUAUGAGCAUUUUAAUAGGUUACUCAAAGCAUUUUUCUGAAUUCAAACUUAUAAUUAGACAUUAUAAGUCAAUGUUGCCUCACGUCUUUUACUU